CCCCCAUCCCCCCACUUGCCAUCUCUAUCCUCCUCUAAAUAUCUAAAUCUUCAUCUAAGUACAUAUCCACAUAUACAUACAAGCAAAGGCUGAUAGUAUACACAAUUACACACCUUUUUGGACUCACCAACUAACUCCAUCCAAUAAUCCGGCCAUGGACGGUAGAUUCAGCAACCAGCCGCCUUUUAUCAACGACCAAGAUGACUCCGAGAACUCGCCGGAAAACAGCGCCGAUUCGCCGCGCUCCGGCAUGUUUCACGACACCAAGAUGGCCUCCAUCAAUUCCCCCAAACGAAGUAGACGUGCCAUUCAGAAAAGAGUGGUGUCAGUGCCGAUCAACGACGUUGAAGGAUCAAAGCUCAAGGGCGAGAGCAGCUUUCCGCCGUCCGAUUCUUGGGCUUGGAGGAAAUAUGGACAAAAGCCAAUCAAAGGCUCCCCUUAUCCUAGAGGAUAUUAUAGAUGUAGCAGCUCAAAAGGGUGCCCAGCGAAAAAGCAAGUGGAGAGGAGCCGUGUAGACCCAAACAUGCUAGUGGUGACUUAUUCUUGUGAACACAACCACCCAUGGCCCGCCGCCAGGAACAAUCACGCCCACCGCAACGCCGUCACUCUCACCGCCGCCGCCGCCGCCGCGCCAACAACAAGAUCAUCAUCCAAAGCCGCCGCCGACGCCGAGGACGCGCGGGAAGCCGAAGCCGAAGCCGAAGCCAGCGAAUUUUCCGCCCAACCGGAAACCGAAACCUCCGAAAAAUUCGGCGGACUCGGCGAUUCGCCGUCGGUGAUCUACAGCGACGAGUUCGGGUGGUUUUCGAGCUUCGAGCCGACGACGUCGUCGUCGACGGUGAUCGAGAGCACUUCCAUUUUGACGGAGGCGCGAGUGACGCACGCCGACAUGUCGGUGAUAUUCUCAAUGCGGGAGGAGGAGGAAUCGCCGUUCGCCGGGCUCGGAGAGCUGCCGGAAUGUUCGAGGGAGUUCGGGAUCGGGAUGAUGGAGAGAGACGAAGCUCGGCGCCGGCAUAACUUGACACCGUGGUGUGGGACCGCGUGAUGGGAUCGGUUGACACGUGGCAUCUCCCCACUUGUCGAUACAUUGCCCAAUGCGUGUAUUCUUUUAACUCUAAUAAUAGGCCUUACAAAACUGCAUAUUCUGCGUCAUAAGAUACCGAGACAAAACAAAAGCAAAAAACCAAAAGAAAAAAAAACAUUUUUAUUUCUUUAAUUUACAUUUGUUUUAUGUCUUUUUUUUUUUUUUUUUUUUUUUUUUAGGUUUGUGUCUUGAUCUCAUUGUAAUUAGUAGAAUUAGCCGUUGAUUUCAAAUCCAACGGCUACCUUGAUUGCCCUCUUUACAACUAUAUUUACUUGGGGAUUGGAGAGAUCAUGUGGCUUUGUUUUUUUCAAAGUUUUAGCCAUUAAAUCUAUUUGGACAGUCCAAAUUAUUUAUUUUCAAA